UGGUUGACGCGUCCUCUGCAAAAUCCAUCAAUAAUGAUGCCAUGGAGUGGAAUGGUUUUUUGAAAAUGUUGUGCAAUUCGCGCUCUGUGGUUCCUUCCUGAAUUUUGAAUUGACUGGCUGAUAAAAGUUCAGUUGUGUGAAAAGCUUGCCGCUUAUGUUUUUCAUUUUAGGAGUUUCUAAAAAUGUUAAAUUAAAAUAGCAGCUUUGUGUAAAAGUGAAAUCGAAAAGCUCAUCUUUUCUAACGGAACGUCAUGGUUGAAAUCAAGUCUGUCAAAGUGGACAACUGGGGAGUGUUCUUCCUGCAGAAAUUACAAAAUUUCUUCAACAAAACCGAUUACUGUGACCUCACGCUGCAAUUCAACGAUAAUUCGCAAUUGAAAGUGCAUCGUCUGGUGUUGAGUGCUUGUACCGAUUUUUUCAAUCUACUCGAACAACAAUGUCAAGUGUUAGAGGACACUCUGAUCAUGCCCGGAGAUCUACAGGCGGACGUUGUUGUUCCGAUCGUAAACUUCAUGUACACGGGAACUCUCGAAUUCGAGGUGGCAAUGUACAGUCGACUGCUGAAAACCGCUCGUGACAUGAAAAUGACCGUACUACUCAAGUUGUUGGAGGCGCACAAACGUACGGUCGAUCCAAAACCACAUCCCAUAUUACUGAACAAAGCCGCAUCGCCUCGGGCAAUGACAUAUUCCCGAUCGUCCACGUCGGCAGCAACUGUUCAACCACCAACUCGGACAUACACUCCCCGAAAAAUGGUUCCCGUUAUGAAAAGUGUCAAAUCGGAACGAGCUGAGAUCAAAGUGGCAGUUCGACCGGCCGCCAUACCACAUUUCAUACGGAAAUCUUUACCCGAACCGGUGCAACUGGUAACAAUGUACGCUUCCAAUACGUCGGCAGCAUCCAAAAAGGGUCCUUCUCGCUUCGACUGUUCCGAUGAAAUUACGAUGCCCGAACAGUUUGAGAGUUCGUUUGACAACAUUUCGUACGAAAGUAUUCCGUUGCAGACGGCAAUCAAAGAGGAAAAAGAUCUGGACAUCAACGAACCAUCAACAUCGUCGAGUUUCGAGCAAUUACGUCGAGGAUAUACCGGACCAGUGAAACGACCAGCAUCAGGCCUUUCAUAUGCAUCACCGCCGGAGAAGAAACCGAACAUUCAAGAUGUCAAGGAAUAUACCGAAGCUCAUCGGCAACGCAAACAAAUCGUCGCCGAGGAAUUUGACGAUGAUGCCGAAUAUGUGGACGAUGGUUUUACCACCGAAGCUGCAUCUCCGGUUAAGAACGAACCGGAUAUCGAUGACAAGCACACGAAGAUCAUCCACGAUGUGCUGAAGAAGUAUCCCCACUUGGUGAAAAACAAGCAGAAUAUCAAGCUGAAAAUUACCAAAGCCGGCGGAACUACGACAACAGUGAAACAAGCACCAGCUGCUACAAUCGUUGCCGCAAAACCGACAAUAGCUGCAGCACCACCACCAGCUAAUCCACCAGCGAAACGAAUCGAUAGCAAGAAAAUGCAUGCACUCAUUGCCCUCGGUGCGGAAAACAUGGAAGGUCCAUGGUUGUGCCUACGCUGUGGCGUCAAUGGUCGACCGAUCAGCAUUCCAUCGUACAAGGGAUUCCGUCGCCAUUUGAUCGUAACGCACAAGGAGAAAAUCGAUCCACGCAUUUGCGAACAUUGUGGCUACAAGGUGAACAAGCGUCCCGAUCUUCACUAUCACUGUCUGAUGAAGCAUAACAUCGUGCCACCGCAUAAUGUCGUCUUCCCGAAGUGUGACGAGUGCCAGUACAUCGCACCCGAUGUGGCCGCACUGCUCAAGCAUCGCGAAACCCAUCACAAAACGAAGAAUUUGCAUCACUGCAUCUACUGCAACAAAACGUUCACCAACGAGGUGUUGCUGUACAAUCACAUCAGAAGCAAUCACAAGGAGCGUGCCUGCGAGGACGGUGUGAUGGACUUUGACGACGAAGAGAUUCUGGACGAUUCGUACGUGCCAAAUAAUGAGAGCAGUCCUUCAUCGUCAUCCGGCGGAGCUAACAAAAUCAAAAUUCUAUCGAACAUUGAACUGCCUGUGCACACCAUAUCGACGGUAUCGUCACAGGACAUUAAUUUGGAACCGAGUUCGGAGGCGGAAGCAUUGAGUAAUGUAGCAACGGGAAUUGCUACCAGUUUAGGUGUAUUGGACACAUCGGACGAUCUGCAGUACAUGCAUGAGGAAAUGAGUGCCGUCGAGCAAUUGGAUGAAGAAAAAACGGAACAGCCGGACGACGUAACGGUAACGCAAUUCAUUACCGAAGAUGGAUCGGUUUCCACGUUACAAUUGACAUCGUCAGAGAAGGCCGAUUUGGUUCGCCAAAUGGAGAAUCAGGAAGGUGUCGUUAUGAUCCUGAACGACGACUUCGAUCACAGCCAAGAAUUGAUGGUGAACAAUGCGGACCAGCAAGGUAUUGUCGUUGUUUACAGUCAAACUGAUGAUGGCGCGAAACAAGAAACUUCAUCACAAGAUGAAGAAGCCGGUCAGGAUGGUAAUGCCAGUUCGAUGGAUGAAGAUAUGGACAUCGAAAGUAGCAACGUUAGUGUGGAAAAGAAAGACGGAAAAGACAAACAAAUCAGCGAGGCAGACAUGGAACAGAGUGCCGAUCAUUCAAGCUUAGAUUCCACAUUCGAACAUUCGUUAGACGAUGAAGAUUAUGCGGAAAAGACAGACGAUGAUGGAAAGGAACAGGAAACUGUUGACCAGCAAAUCGAUGAAGAAAAUGUUGGGGAAAAUGAUAAGACAGCGGAGAGCGGUGACAAUGGCAAGAAAACUGUUCAGAAAAUCAUUUCCGAGGUGGAGGAUGACUGGUCCGACUUCGAAGAUGAGUCCGAUGUGCCACCAAAAGUAGAAAAUGAGAAAAAGGAGAAACUUGUCGUCAGGAAGGAUGGUCCAUCCACUCAGUCUGCUCCGAAAGUAGCCGCAAAGGUUGAGAAAACGUACAAAAAUUCCGGCAAAAAAGCUACAGAGACAGCACCCAAACCGCCUACAGCAACGGAACAGAAAUCCAUUCGUACGACACGGAAUAAGACCGAAAGUGCCAAGCAAACGGCCAAACACGUUGUGAGAGAGAAUGUUUCAUCGAAAGGCGAUACCAGUGAAGCGUCUGUCGAAUCGACAUCGAAAGAUGACGAUGAAGCCGUAGCCGAAAAGUCCACAGAGUCUGCAGAGAAAAAAGAAUCGAAAACUGAUGUUAAGACGUUGAUAAGUGCCGAUUGGGGAGACGAUGACUUUUAAUCGAAUGUUCCUUUGCUAUUACUCCGUGUCGUGUCGGUAACAUUAUGGUGUCAGUCCAAUCACAUAAAUUUAUCCCACAGUGUCAGGAAGCAACGAUUAUUAUCAUCCCGCUCUAAAUGCUAAGCUAAGCGUUGCAAACGGAAGGUAGGUUUCCUUUACAUGUUUUCAGUUUGUAAGCGCAAAAUUUCAAAUUUAUUUCAAAUAAAAAUCUGUAGUGUACAUUCAAA